UCAACAACAAACAGCUGAUCACGGGGUUUGGUGUUCUUCAGGUUGGGUGCUUGAUUUUUUGUUAUUGUGGGUAGUGUGGCCACCUUUGCAUGAUGUUCAAAUACAGUUGCUGAGCUCGUCAGCCUCCAGGAUUACGAUAAUGCUUAACAUGUGGGCUAUGAACACAAUAUUGAAGCCAGAGGAUUGUGUUGUUUGCCAGUUGUUCACGAAGUCAUGAAAAACCUCAACAAAAAGGAAGAAUGAACUUUAUCCAAGGAGGCGUUUAGAUUCAAUAUUGAACCCCAAGACGUGUUUUUCAAUCGGCUCAGGAAAGUAGCAUGAAAAAGCAGGACUUUGGCGGUAAAGUUGUGGAAAUGGAAGAGCCAGAUCUAGUUACAGUUGUAAAUGAACAAGUUAGUGGCAACAGCUCAGAGCACAUAGAUGUCAACGUACCCAAGACCAAUUUCUGUACCAAACUGAAAGGUCUCUGCUUCAGAAACAUGAAAGCGGUUCGGCGGGUGAGUGUGGAACCAGCCCUUCUUGUUGUCAUGAUCAGUAUGGGUCUGACCGGUGGGGUGUCCAUGCAAUUUGUCCAGCAUCGAAUUUUCGAGAACUUCAAUAUUAGUACAAGUGAUGGGGGUGGUGGUUGCGAUGUGACUGCCAACCUGACUGAAGCGCAAAAAGAAGCACAAUUGGAGUUCAAUGGUUUUAACGUCAUCUCUGGUUUCGUUGGCGGGAUACCAGCUCUGUUUGUUACAUUGAUUGUCUCAGCUAUUAGUGAUAAGGUCGGUCGCAAGUUACCGUUGCUGUUGCCAAUUGUUGGCAUGCUGUGUGGGACUACCGUCUUCCUUUUAGUGUCCCAUCUUCACCUGCCUCUGACCGUACUUCUGGUUUCGAACAUCGUCUUUAGUUUCACCGGGGGCUAUGCUCUUUUCUUCAGCGGGUGCGCUAGCUACGUUGCAGACACGACAUCAAAGAAGGAUCGUACCUUUGUCUUUGCCUUGCUGUUUACAUUAUCUCUGAUUGGUAGUGGGAUAGCUGGUAUUGCUGCGGGUUACUGGAUCAAGGCAAGCGGCUUUAACCCGCCGUUCUGGUUAGCGUUUGCUAUGCAACUAGUCACCGUCUUCUACCUCCUGUUUUGGGUUCCGGAAACCGUCAAGUCCACCGAAGAUGUCCUUACGAACAAGCCAAAGCCUUCUACGGCAUCUACAAUUUGCCAGGGUCUGUCUGGCAUUCUUAAUGUAGCUGCGAAGGGGCGUCGUGUUUGGUUGCUGCUUGCUCUUGGUGUUCAGUUCUUGGCUUUGGGAGUGUUUGGUGCCAUCAAUAGUAUCUUAACGGUGCGACUUCUAAGCUUGCCAUUCUGUUGGAAUUCAGUGCUGCUUGGCUAUUUCAACGCUACCAAGCCUUUCAUCAAUGGACUAGGCUUAACUCUUGGAACUCGCUUCUUCACGAGAUGUUUAAAGGAUUACGCUGUCAUUCAGAUUGGAUUCCUGUCAACUAUAGCUAUGCUGAUUGUCAUUUGUAUUAGCACAGAGACAUAUGGAAUGUUUCUUGUUAACGUCGCUGGAUGCUUUCACGCCCUUCCGCCAGCUCUCAUCAUUGCCAGGAUGUCAAAACUUAUUGAACCAUCCUUACAAGGUGCCUUAUUCUCCUUGACUGGGACUAUAGAGAGUCUUGCUAACAUUCUUGGUCCCUUCAUCCUUGGUCUGAUCUACCAGGCUACCUUAAACACAUUCUCACUGGCUGUCUUCAUUGUCAUGAUAGCUUUAACUGUUGUAGCUAUGAUCAUUGUUGGGAUAUUGAUGCUAAUGGAAGGUUCUCUGGAUGGCCAGAAGUAUCAAGAGUUCAUGAGCGACAGUGAGCAAGAUGAUGAUAUGAUAACAUCUACGACUAGCCCAAAUGUUGGCUAUGAUGAAUAAAAUACCAUCGUAAAUGCAACUACUAUCAAAUCAGGUUUAAGCGACUAUCAUUACCCCCCCCUCCCUCCCCAUUGCAGAGGUUCAUUGUUUGCUAGCUUAAUGACAGUGAGCAAGAUGAUGAUAUGAUAAUGUCUACGACUAGAAUGUUGGCUAUAAUGACUAAGACCAUCAUAAAUGCAACUACAUGUACUAUCAAAUCAGGUUUGAGUCUGUAGUGACAUUCUUCUCCAAGUCCUAAGAAAAACAGACUGAGAUUUUCUCCGGAAGCAAAUGUUCAUGAGAAAACGUUUUUGGUUGGAGUUUUUAAAAAACAAUUUUUUUUAAAUAUAUUUUUGUUUAUAAAUAAUUUUUGGACCACAUUUCCUCAUUCUGCGAUAAGUCACUAUACUACAGAGGUCUUUCUUUUGAACCACCCGAGUAAUAUGCCUGUAAUUUCUUGUUCACACCGCUCAGGAAAGUACUGAGUAUACAGUGCUAAUACA